GAGGCCACCCCACUCCAUAUGAUAGGGGGGCUUUCAUGUGGGAUUUAGGUAUUUAAUGUGAAGCUCUGUCUAAUGAUUAUUUCACAGCUCGUGUUGAUGCACUUGAAACACGUACUAUAAAGCAAGUGGCCUGUGGACAGAUGCACACUUUGGCUGUCACAGACAAUGGACUUAUCUUGGCUUGGGGGGAUAACACAAAAGGACAGCUUGGUCUGGGAAACAUGGAAAACAACAUUCAGACUCAUCCAAGAAUUGUGAAGAACCUUCAGUCUGCUGGUGUGAUAAUAACUCAAGUGGCUUGUGGAGCAAGGCAUUCACUAGCACUCACAACAGGUGGAUUCUUUUUUGCCUGGGGUGACAAUAAGAAUGGCCAACUUGGAAUCAGCAACUCAAGUCCAGUGCACUACCAUCCAGAACAUGUGUCGUCAUUGUUUGGAGUGCCGUUUGCUUUGUUAUGUGCUGGCGGAUACCAUAGCUUUGCCUUGUCCCUCUCUGGAGCUUUGUUUAGUUGGGGAAGGAACAACUUUGGUCAACUUGGAGUCAAUGACAACAAAGGUCAGUUUGAAUGACACUGAGGGUAAUCAAUAUCUGAUAUUAACUUUACUUAUUUAUCCAUACAUUGUCAAGUGGCAGUGGACAAGGUUAACAGAACAACUUGGCGUUAUCAUUGUAUUGUACUGUGCUAUCAGAUUCCAUUCACUAGUUGUAUAAGCAAUGAACAGAUGACCUAUGUUAGCUCCACACAUGACCUAUGUUAGCUCUUUUUCAUUUACCCUGUCACCAACCUUAAGUAUAAUUUAUAGGUCAUAUGUUUUGCAGGAGUUUCAUUAAGUGCCUGGCACUGGGCAAAUUGACCGGCUGUGAGUAAGAUUUUGCCUGC